AUGAAUGUAUUGCUACCGAGAAGUGUACUUGCUGCCCUUGGUGUUGUAAAAAAUGUCGAGGUGAAGGAUGCUCAUACUGUAAACAAUUUUACUAUCAGCGUACAACACUCCGCGAACAUUAUGAGUGCAAUGCGUUGGGAUGUGCCAAGUGUGACGUCGACAGAUGUCAAUGCAGGUGUUGCAGAAGAACACGUGCGCAGCGUUCCCCCAGUACCGCCUCAUCUACCGCUGUAA